AUGGGCCUAUCUUAUAUAACUUAUUUAGUGUUUUUAUUUUGCUCCAUACAAGGAAUAUUAUGCACUGAAUUAUACUCAGGAUUUAUUCCACAAAUUGACCAAGAUUUUGAACAAGACUACAACUCUCUAGAUAUUACCAGAGAUAAUGCUGCAACCAAUAAAGUUAGGAGAGUACUACAACCAAUCAAUGAUAAUGGACAAUGUAUAAUUCUUCUUUAUACCUAUGGUUCUGCAGUUCCAACUAAGAUAUCAGAUCCAUCUACCUCAUGUCCGAUAGCUGGCUAUAGGAGCUAUUUAUUUGAAGGGGAAUAUGGUGAAGACUCUUCUGCUUCAAUAGUGGAGAUAUUUCCAAUUGUUCAGAACUAUACCUGUUUAAGAAGAUCUGGUUGUACAAUAGCUAUAUCUGGUAGUGGGUUGUCACAAGAUGACAUGAUCUACAUAAUUCCAAAUUAUUACAAUGAAACAGAUGUAAGCAAGUUAAAACCAUCAACUUUCCCUAUCUCUAGUCCUUGCCCUCCCCAAAAUAUAUCUAACAGUUUAGGGCCCUUCAAGGGUAUAAAGUCAUAUGAAACAUCUGAAAUUGUAAUUGGAGAUAACAUGCAGAAACACCCAAAACGCCUUGCAACUGUUCUCUUUAACAUUAUACUGCAGCCAAAUAAUCUCUAUGACUCUGCAUAUAUUUGCUAUUCUCCUGCUCGCAAUAGGAUAUAUAAACCAACUGAUAAUCCUGAAGUGUUCUUUUACAAUGCAGGAUUACUGAAAAUUGAUAGUAAGAUUGUUUUUUGCUGCGACUUCGAAUCUAAGGGAUACUUAGGAUGUGGAUUUAAUUCUUUAAUAGACUUUCAAACCAAGACGAGAUUUGAGUUAGGGAAUGGAAAUGAAGUUGUUGUUGGCUCUAGCCCUCAAGCAGAUACUACAAUAGGAGUAAAAGGUAAAGGGCACUUUCUAUACUUUAGAGCACCUGGAUAUAUGCCGGGAGCAUCUGCACUACUCUUAGGAAAUCCCAAAGUAUAUUCUUUUGGUACAUAUUGUCUUUCUCUCAAAUACUUUAUGGCAGGUGCAGAUGCAAAUGUUUUAAGAUUAUACUUAGCUUCAGGUCUAUUGGGAUCUGUUCCCUUAAAUAAUCAAGGUAUACCCACUUCUCAAAAUAAGAAACCUAAAGUUGUGACUCAUUUCGGUCGGCCAAAUUGGCUUGUUGUAGGACAACAAGGCCCUACAUGGCAAUUAGGAGGUUUUGAAUUUUAUUCAGAUGGUCUUACUCCUUUAAAACUAGUUCUAGAAGCUAUUGGAGGAAGAUCUGAGGAUAGUUUAGUUGCAAUAGAUGACAUUAUUAUUAGAUCAGGGCACUGCCCUAGUGAAAUCAUUAGGGCUAGUGAAAGAGCAGAUCAGAAGUGCGUCUGGGGAGAAGUCAGAUUGAUAUCAUCAAACUUUACAACAGAGAAGUCAUGGGAUAUAGAAGGAGCAUUAGGAUGCAGUGGACGCACCUAUUCAUUUACAAAUAUACAAGUUCCAUCUUCAGAUAAUAUAAAGUGGGCUACAACAGAUUGGAUCCCUUGUUGUUUACCUGGAUAUGGAACCUACACUGUGAAUAUCUAUGAUACUUUUGGUGAUGGCUGGAAUAAUGGAAAUUAUUUAGAAUUUAGAUUUUUUGACGAAAUUAUACGUAUUGGUGACCUUUUUAAAAGUGGUAAUGUCAUGAAAACUACUAUUAAUGUAGGUAUAAUAAAAAUUGAGGAGAUUAAGGCUACAGAGACAUUGGUUAGUAUAACUAUUAAGUCAAAUAGAAAUAAUGUUAAUGCAUGGUGCGCACUAACGAAAGCUGGCAAUGUACCUCCUAAUAGUACUACCUUAAGAAAGUAUGGACUAAGGACAAAACAACCAUUAAUGCAAGGGGAUACUUAUGAAUUCAAUUUAUCAUCAUCUAACAAGGGAGUUCUGUUACCUAAUACUGAAUAUGACCUGUACUGUUUUGGACAGGAUGCAUCAAUUACAUUAGAAAGUUCAUCAGUUGUGGAUAAUCUAGCAAUAGAGUAUUCUAGGGUACGUAUUACAACUGAUUCAAAAUAUCCAAUACUCACAAUACAGGAUCUGAAAGUUGGAGAAGAAAGUGUUUUCUUCACAGUAAAAUUAGAUGAACCAGGAUCAAUAUGGUGCUCUGCACAAAUUGAUACUAAAACUCUAUCUCUGAAUUUAAGUACAAUUGAAGAGGAUAAACUUGUGAGAGAUAUAAGAAGUAGGGGGGUUGAACAAAUGAUAUCAUCUAGAGAUAUCAUGAUUAUAAAAAAAGUAACUAUUAAUGGGCUUAUUCCUGCAACUAAAUAUAAGCUAAUUUGCACAGCUGAAGAUUUAGCUUUACCUAAAGCAAAUAGAAUUCCAAUUAAGCAAGUAUUGAGCAAAUUAACUUUAACCUUUAUUACCAAGGAUAGAAUACCAAAAGUUAAAAUUAAUCAUGUAACAGCUGAGUUAGGGAAAUUUACUGUUGGGGUGCAUGUAGAUACACCUGGGAAAGUAGAUUGUGUAGCUACUCUUCCUGAUGGAAUGUAUCCAAAUCCGAGAGAUAUUCAGAGGUAUGGUCAAAGCAUUAAUGUAACAGAUCCAUCAGAAGAAAACUUCUUAACUUUGGUAGGAAUUGAAGGUAAUCAGAAAUAUAUAGUAUACUGCAUGGCCACGAGCAGAACUGGCCUCAGCAUGCAAGUUACAGAUAUCUGGAGUACUGCUACAGACAUAACAUCAUUUGGACAGUUCUGUGAUAUUCCAUCAUUUCCUUCUGGAAUUGAGACAGGCUAUGCUACACCUUUUGACCCACUAACUCACAUUGAAGAAAUAAAGGUUCGGAGUUACUUUGAUAGUAUUAAAGAUAAAUAUAACUCUAAAGGACCAUAUAGAAUAACACUAUUUAUAAAUAAAACUGAAGCGUACGAGUAUUUAGACUCCCUAACUAAUCACUUAAAAGAUCCAGAGACAGUUCCACUUCCAAGUCCACCUCCACGUUAUGCACGUAUUAGGUUUGGUUCUUGCAAUGAAAACUUAAAUGACUCGAAUCCUGAAGGUUUAAAUGGGCUGUAUCAUCAAUGGAAGGUUGGACCAAUUGUACUAAGUGAUAAUGAGAAAGAAAAGAAUGGAAGUUGGGGUCAUUUGGAAUCUGAAGGAGAAAAAAAGCACAGCUUAGUGCAGGUAAAUGAAACUGUUGCAAUGUAUCAUAUUGACUUAGCUGAGCCAAAACCUGUAGAAUGUGGAGGGUGGAACCCAAGUGGACCUUUUGGAAGAAGGCUUCAACAAGUAGAUUUUGAUGGUGAGACACUUAAUAACACUUCUAAUUUAAGAUUUCAGCCUAGGCUCUUUGAUCUGUUAUCUGAUAAUAAAUUAGAUGAAAUCGUCUUUGAGUCAUGUGGGGCUCAUUUACCUGGUAUACAAGAUCAAGCUGAACAACAUGUACGCUUGGGACCAGUAGUAUAUCAACCUGCCCUAAAUGUGACAUCAGAACCUUCUAUAUGGGCUGGCAUGACUAUUAAAGAUGGUACACAAUGUCCAAUUUUUUUUGAGUUGAUUGCGCCACACGCAACUCUACAGAGUAUCAGAGAUGGAUCAGCAAAAAUUGAAUUUGAUCGUAUUCACAGAAUGCUUGUAAAACAAAUAUGGUAUAAUGGAAGUGCUUAUAGAACCUUAGAUGAACUAGUUUUUUCCUACAACGAGGUAAAGUUAAUUAACUCUGGAAUCCUUGCAGAUGAAAUGGAGUGGUAUAGAGGGAGAAAUAACAUAAGAAAUAAAGAUGAUGAAUUGCAAAAUAGAUUGUCUCUAGUUAACCCAAUUAUACUUGAAUCUCGUAGGAUUGAGCAUGAACAAUCUAUGCAUCAGAACAGGAUACGAAAACUUCAGUACCUUGAAAUGUUUAGUAGAGGUGACCUAGAAGUUAGAGCUAAACCUGAGCAGUGUGAACCUGGUGGUCGCCGCUUUCAAGUUAUGAAGUCUCCUAAUAGAGAAGCUUACACAAUUAAAUGGAUAGGUUGGCAGUUUACACUUACUAAUGAUCGUGACAGCGGAUUUAAAAUUUGGAAUUUGAACUUUAUGGGUAGGAGAGUGGCUUUUGAGCUAGGAAUGAUUGAUGCUAUGGCUCACUAUACAGUUUUUGAGAGACAAUGGUUUUUUUUGGAUAGCUGGUACGGGGGACUAGGUACUGCUGCACGUCGUGUCCACCCAGGUUUAGAAUGCGCAAAUACAGCUCAGACUAUUUUUUGGGAUAAUAGUGCCUGUAUUUUUGAACUUGACACUGGACGCCCAAUAAGAUCACACUGGAAAACUGGUGGUAUAAAAGAUGCAGCACCAUUAACAACUCUUACAAUUCGUCAAAUAAUAACAGUUUCAAACUAUGAUUACAUUGUAGAUUUAAUUUUGUAUAAUCAAGGCUCUUUUGAAAUGGGAGUUAGCUUUACUGGAGAACUUUAUGCAGGGUUAGAAGUGCCAUAUUUCUCGGCUAAACAACAUCAAUAUGGUACGCAAAUUAGUCCCUCAGGACAAAUGGCUGCAUUACACUCCCACUUUGCGGUAUGGAAAAUUGACUUUGACCUAGGUUCCAAUUAUACUGAUAAUUCUAUCUCAUGGAUAAAAGUGCUUAAAGAUCCUAUUAAAGAAGGGCAUCAUAAAUUAGAAAGAACAUUUGCGGAGAGAGAGUCUAAUGCAUAUUUAAUGUAUAAUGAAACUCAUCACCAUCCAAGAGCUUAUUUUAUUGUUGAUGAAAAGCAUAGUACUUAUGGAAAUGUAGGUGGAUUUCUAGUCAGGCCUUCACAUACUAUUGCAGACUUAAUGCCAGAUCAUGAGCUUUAUUCAGGACCCGCCUCCUGGUCUAAAUAUCAGCUGGCAUCUUCUGUAUUCAAGUACUCGGAACUUGAUGCUGACUUACCUAGAGAUAAUAAAUUUGCUGCAAAACCUGCCGUUAGAUUCGAUUCAUUUAUUGAGGAUGAUGAAGUAAUUAGACACUCUGAUGUUGUAACAUGGGUAACAUCAGGAAUCUGGCAUAUUCCUACCCUGGAGGAUGUACCACAAACAACUGCACUUGGGAAUACUUUAGGCUGGUAUGUAAGGCCAUUUAAUUGGUGGCCGAUGGAUCCAAGUGUUACUUUACACAAUGCUAUCAAGGGAGAUUUUAUUGAACCUGGGACGUGUGCUGUGCAGAGAAGAGGAAAUCUUUUUAAAGUGAUUAAAAUUGUGGAAUAAAUUUGUUAGAAUUUAAGGAAAUAAUCAAUAUUUAAUUAGCCCUUACUUUGUCCAUAUAUUAUACAUUUUUAAAGCAAAUAUUAUAUAUCAAUCUAGCAUAGUCUAUUCUUAUUGUGUGUGGCUGCAUAAGAGCCAUAUUAAUCUAAUAGAGUUGUGAUUGUUAACUCCUAUAAAUUCCCUGCAACUUAGAUUGUAAAGAAGUUAAAGGAAGAUAAAACUGAGAUUCCGUAAAUAAGUAGUAUCAAACUACUUUUCUUAAUUUAGGAAUUGCAACAAACUGUACUUGAUACUCUUGAAAAUUAAUUACUUAACAAAUUCUAAAUCAAAUUAAAAGUUGUACAUAUGUAUGCAUACACUGGACUUAGGAAGUGAUUUAGGACUGGUAUUUUGUAGAAAGUUCACAAAAAUUUCCCUUAUAUAUAGACCAUCAGGCUGUCUUUUGGAUUUAGAAUAGUUUAUGUUCAUUGUAGAAUUUGUGAUUUAAAUAUUAUAUUU